AUGGGGUUCUUUGGAAAGUCGGAAUAUCCGGAGGAUCAGAUCCAGCGGGCGCCGCCAGAUCCGGAUAUCGAGAAGCGUAUCCCAUCGCAUGAGGAGACGCCCAGUCAACCCAAUCAGCCGGUAGCUGUGCCUGCGACAAUUGAUCCUGAGUUGGAGAGGAGAGUUUUGAGAAAAUUGGAUUGGCGAGUUCCGACUUUGAUGGGGUUUUUCUAUCUCCUUGCCUUCCUUGAUCGAAGUAACAUCGGCAAUGCCAAAAUCGCCGGGAUGGAGGAGGAUCUAGAGCUAGACAGUGGUCGAUACUCAUGGCUACUCACGAUAUUCUACAUCUCAUACACCUUGUUCGAAUUCCAGGCCUUGAUGUGGAAGAUUGUCAAACCACACCGAUGGGCGGCCUUUGUCGUGUUUUCUUGGGGUCUGGUGUCCACAUGCCAAGCGGCCACAAAGAAUUGGGAAGGCAUGAUGGCCUUGCGAUUCUUGAUGGGCGCUUUCGAAGCUGGUUUUGGUCCCGGUGUACCCUACCUCCUCUCCUUCUUCUACCGACGCCAUGAACUCGGCCUCCGAUGUGGUCUCUUCCUGUCCGCUGCCCCGCUCGCGAAUACUUUCGCCGGUGCCCUUGCAUAUGGUAUCACUUCCGGUAAUGCCGCCAUCGCUAAUUGGCGACUUCUGUUCCUGGUCGAAGGCCUGCCGGUUUGCGCGGCCGCUCUCUUGGCCUGGUUCUACGUACCGGAUUCUCCUGCGAAGGCGAAAUUCUUGACCGAGGAAGAGAAAGAGGUCGCGAGAGCUCGUGGUAUCCAACAAGCCGGCGAUGCGGAGCGAGAGGGAAAGGUACAAUGGAAGGAAUUGGCGAUGACCCUCCUCGACGCGAAAGCAUGGUUCACAGCAUUCAUGUAUUUCAGCUGCAACGUCAGCUUCUCCUCGCUACCCGUAUUCCUGCCCACCAUCCUCAAGGAAAUGGGCUUCACAGCCGUCGACGCCCAAGGCCUCACCGCACCACCCUUUUUCGCCUCCUUCAUCGCGACGAUCGCAACCACUUAUGUGGCGGAUCGGAUUCAGCAACGUGGGCUGAUGAUCGCAUUUCUCUCGAUGAUCGGCGGUGUGGGGUACAUCCUGUGCGUGGCCUGCAGCUCCGUCGGCGUGCGUUAUUUCGGCGUCUUUCUCGCUGCGUGUGGAGUCUUUCCGUCGAUCGCAAAUAUUUUGCCUUGGGUUUUGAAUAAUCAGGGAUCCGAUACCCGUCGUGGUGGAGGUAUCAUCUUGCUCAAUGUCAUCGGUCAAUGUGGUCCGUUCCUCGGAACUAAUAUGUUCCCCGACACCUCGGCUCCCCGUUAUAUUAAAGGCAUGUCGGUUUGUGCUGCGUUUAUGUUCUUUACUUCCCUGCUUGCGCUUUGCCUUCGCCUGCUGCUGGUUUGGGAGAACAAACAGCUUGAUAAAAAGUAUGGCCCGAAGGUAGAGGCCGAUCCGACUAAGCCUGAUGCUGGUUUGUCGGAGGAUAAUUAUGGUGCGAGCUUUAGGUAUGUGCUAUAA